AAAAAAUCUCCAAAAGUUAGUACAAGAGAGGACACUAGUUCAUUUUAGAAAAGAAAGACAGUUUGGCACUUUUCUGUUUUUUCUCUAUGUUCUUUGAUAAUUCGUUGUUCUAGGAUAAUUCGUUGGUGCUUUUUUGCUCAAGCGAUUGAAAGGUUUUACUCAAUUGCUGGCGUUUUUCACUCGGGUUUGUCCUACGUAGAUUAACGUGCGCAGGCUCCACUGCAUUGAUCAUCAGGACCGCAGUUUUUGUGAUGGAGUUGACAGAAAUGGUGGGCAAAACAAUCGGUUCCAAAAGAACCUUCCCAUGAUCUGCAUCCUGCCUGAUAAGAAGCGUUUGUGUUGGGUCUAAGCGGGAUGGUGUACUAACUGGGGCCAAAGUUUGGUGCAUGAUGAGCAAUUGCGCAUUUAUUUUACAAGGUUUUUCACCUCGCCAUCACAGAAAUCUCACCAACAUCGGAGCAUUCUGUAGUUCGCAGAGCUCAAUGUUUCAGUGCGACUGCAGAUUUUUGUGUGCAGAGAGUGUAUCUUGCAUUCUGUGUUCAUCUUUCAACGGAACCCUCCUCCCCUGCAUCUCCCCUGCCAUGAUUUUGGGAGAAAGCUUUUCUUCUUGCUCCACGUCGCUUUAAGCAAAGCAGUGAGGACGCGGCUGUAAAAGUGCUGAGAGCAACGAAUCGACGGGUCCGAGAAAAGAAGGAAAAAGCACAAGAAAGAAAAGGCAUGUUCAUCAUAUAGCUGAUGAAAGUAGUACUCACUACUCACACGGUCACACCUAGAGCAUAUGCGAUGGUUACCGUGCAAUAAUAGCGUCAUGUCUGUCCUAACGUCUACCACUUCAGGAUUGGCUUGUCAGUAAAAAGGAAUACGUUGUGAGAUACAUCAUUGCAUCACUCUCAAAGUAAAAGAUUGCCACAGUAAUUGUGUACUCUUCACAAAAGUGUACAUAUUGAUACUACAAAUAUACUUGAUGUAUCACUCUCAAAGUAAAAGAUUGCCACAGUAAUUGUGUACUCUUCACAAAAGUGUACAUACUGAUACUACAAAUAUACUUAGACAUAAAGCAGCACAAUAUCCUACUUAUAAUUCCUUUGUAUAGCCGCGCCCCCUAUGUGUAGCUCCCUCUUUUUUCUUUGCUUCUUGCUCCCUUCUUUGGUGCUCCACAGUGUUUCUGUUCCUCCUUUCUUUUAUAUUAAUAUAUAUUUAGUACAGUAGGAUUCCCCUACUGUUUCUCCUAAAAAAUAUCCUACUUAUAAUUGAAACAAGCAUAGGUGAAAAAAAUGAUCAAGAAAGCAAAUAAGCAUCACACGCUACUUUUUUUCCUUUGCCAAUAGAGAGAGAGAGAGAGAGAGAGAGAGAGAGAGAGAGAGAGAGAGAGAGAGAGAGAGAGAGAGAGAGCGUGUUUCUGAGACAGAAAAAGAGAGCAAUGGACUGGCACUCCUUGUCCGUUGCCUGCUCCCCAUGUCCAGCUCAACCUUUGGAGACACCACUUGCCCGUUGCUCCAGGUGCCUGCCUCUUCUUCCUGUCACCCCCGUGAUGUGCAGCACUGCAGCUCACUACUACCAGAUGACAGUAUGACACUCACAAUGACACACACUGAGAAGUACAUUGCAUGACACCUGCAAUCCAUAAACCGCAACAAAGGAGUUCUUCCUCCUGUGUCAUCCGUUGUUUUUAUGCAUUCACCAUUGAUCUGAAGAAGGAUUUCUUGCCCCCUUCAUUGGUGCUUCAGUGGCUGCAAGGUAAUAUUCUGUUUGUUCAUGGUGUUGCUGUCCCUGAUCACAAAAGGAGAAAACAAUCAAAGAUCAGGCAGAGGCCGGCUUCUUUGAUAACCUUUUCUGCUCCUCCUAUGAGUGUUUCUUGAUCAAGAGCAGAGUGAAGCAGUAUCCACACAGUAUUUCUUGAUCAUGAAACCUUCUCCAAUGGCGAGGCCAAGCCAUCUUCUGCUCAUCUUCUUCUCGGUGUUUCUUGCAUUGCUCCCGGAGACCACACAGAUGCAGCCCUCCCAGGCCUGGACUCUGCUCAAGAUCCAGCAGCUCCUGAACCACCCUCCAAUGCUCAGCCACUGGCGCCGCGGCACCGACUUCUGCGGCGGCGGCGGCUCAAUGGGCCCCUCUAGCACGGCCGCGGUUGUGUGCUACGAGGACACCGUGACGCAGCUGCACAUCGCCGGCGCGGCGGGCUCGCCUCCCCUGCCCAAGAACUUCUCCAUCGGCGCCUUCGUCACGACGCUGUCCAGGCUCCCCGACCUCAAGGUGCUCAUGCUGUCCGGCCUCGGCCUCUGGGGCCCCUUGCCGGGCAAGCUCGGCCGGCUCGCCGCGCUGGAGAUCGUCAGCAUCAGCGACAACUACCUCUGCGGCGGCAUCCCGAGGGGCAUGUCGCGGCUCGUCGGCCUCCAGACCCUGGUCCUCGACGGCAACAUGCUGGGCGGUGAGGUGCCCGCGUGGCUCGGGACGCUGCCGUCUCUGGCCGUGCUGAGCCUGCGGAACAACUCGCUACAAGGCGCCGUGCCGGAGUCCCUCGGGCGCAUGCCGUCGCUGAGGUCGCUCGUGCUCGCGUCGAACAACCUGUCCGGGAAUCUGCCGGACAUGAGCCGGCUGACCAACCUCCAGGUGAUCGACGUCGGUGGCAACUCGCUCGGGCCGGCGUUCCCGAGGCUCGGGAGGAAGGUGGUCACCGUGGUGCUCAGCAGGAACAAGUUCGGUGGCGGCCUCCCGGCGGAGCUGGGCACGUUCUACCUUCUGGAGCGGCUGGACGUGUCGUGGAACCGGUUCGUCGGACCGUUCACGCCGGCGCUUCUGUCGCUGCCGUACAUCCGGUACCUGAGCAUCGCCGGGAACAGGUUCACCGGGACGCUCUCCAACAAGGAGCUUUGUGGAGACAACCUCCGGUUCAUCGACCUGUCAUCGAAUCUCCUCAUGGGGAGCGUUCCCACCUGCUUGACAUCACAGGACAGGAAGCCGGACGCGGUGGUGCUCGUCGCGGCCAACUGCUUGGACAAUGGUGAUGGCUCACAGCACCUGUCACCGUUCUGUCAGACCCAAGCCUUGGCCGUGGGCAUAGUGCCUGGCAAGGAGAGGAAGAGCACUGCCGAGCAGGCAGGCUUUGUCACCGGCAUUGUAAUGGCGGUUCUUGUCGCUGUUUCGGUUGUCGGUGUCAUGGUCUUCUUUGCCGUGAGGAAGGUGACCGCGAAAGGUGCAAAGGCAAGGGCUCCGGCAACGUUGGCAGAAGAACAUGCUUCCAGUGGCUACCCCUCCAAGUUGCUCGCCGAUGCGCGUUACAUAUCACAAACAGUGAAGCUGGGAGCUCUGGGGAUCCCAUCAUACAGAUCAUUUUCUUUGGUCGAGCUUGAAGCUGCAACUAACAACUUUGAAAACUCUUACCUACAGGGGCAAGAUUCUCAUGGUGAGAUGUACAGAGGAAGGCUAGGCAAUGGCACCCCAGUGACAGUCAGGACUCUGAAGAUCGAGAGGAGCCAGACUACCCAAAGUUUUAACCGUCACAUUGAGAUGAUCUCUAGGCUCAGGCAUCAAAACUUAGUCAGCGCUCUAGGACACUGCUUUGAGUAUGACCUCGACGAUUCUACUGUAACUCAGUUGUACAUCGUGUUCGAGUACGUGCAAAAUGGGAGCCUAAGGAGCAGGAUCUCGCAAGGAACUGAAGGGUGCAAGCUUACCUGGGCACAGAGAAUAUCAGCCAUCAUCGGUGUUGCGAAGGGUAUCCAGUUCUUGCAUGGAGGAAUCGUACCUGGAAUAGUUGGAAAUAAUCUGAUGAUUACCAACAUUCUCCUAGAUCAGAAUCAUGUUGCCAAAAUCGGCAGCUACAAUAUCCCAAUCCUAGCAGAGGCCAUGAAUUCCGAGCAGGGAGGAGCUGGAAGCAACUUCCAGACUGAUAGUCCGAUGUACAGCGAUAAGACUGACAUCUUCGAUUUCGGGGUGAUCCUAGUUGAGGUUGUGUCUGGAAAGACCAUCACAUCCAUGUAUGAGGUGGAGAUACUGAAGGAACUGCUGCAGUGGGCGAUCGCCGACGAGGACCGGGUCAGGAGGAGAAGCUUUGCAGACCCAGAGGUGAGAAAAGGGUGCUCAGAUGAGUCACUGAGGACGGUCAUGGAGAUCUGCCUGAGGUGCCUGGCCAAGGAGGCGGCGCAGCGGCCAUCGGUGGAGGACGUGCUUUGGAACCUGCAGUUCGCAGCCCAGGUGCAGGCUGACUGGGAAGGGGACGCCCCGAGCAGCGACGGGUCCCCGGUGUCGUCGUCGUCCCGGGUCACCAGGUCUUCUCGGUUGAGCUUGAGCAGAUGAUGAGAUCAGGUGCUUGCUUUCUGAAUUGUGCCAUUUUAUCGGACUAUAUGAGACUCUACUGUCAAAUUGCGAGAUUUCUUGGAUCACUGUGGCAGCAGGCUGCAUCUGAAGAUGGAAAUUUUGAGAGAAUGUACAGCAUCUGCAGCAGCUGAAAUGCUGAAUCCUCCGGGAUGUGCACAAACAACUAGCGUG